AUGUACGGAGAGGCAGGUCUUGUGCACAAUGUUAUGAAUGGUGACUGCUGCGGUAAUGCAGUGUACUUCAGACAAGAAGGAUCAUUUCUUUGUUGUGAGAACAAUUUAGCAAGCAUCGCCCGCCUACCGUAUACCAAAUCGUUGCAGGAAACUCGCUUCAACAGAUAUGUGCUGCGGAUCGACCGUAUUCGAUGGAGGGCGUCAGCAAAUCUGCUGUGGAGACAGGGUAACUCCAUAUUCAAAUAUGUUUUCGACAGAAAUCAAGCGGAUUCAUGCUGUAUACGUAACAAUGGAAGUGAAGUGGAAUAUCACUCGAACACUGAAUUUUGCUGCAAUGGGGCCGUACGAAAAGGCAUGGGCCUCUUCUGUUGUUAUUUACGUAUGAAUGGCAACUUGGUGGCCGAAUCAUAUCAGAAUCAAACCCACUGUUGCCAAUUUCCAUUCGAUAUCAUCUAUCAGAAA